AACCAUCUCUUUUGUUUCUUCCCCCUCCCUCCACCAGAUGGAGCCAUACCCCCCUCUCUCUCUCUCUCUCUCUCACACACACACACACACCCACACAUCACACAUAGAAAAAACACACAUGUGAUAGUGCUCCUCCAAUCACACCCCAGACAGGAGCAACUCAGCAGGUAUGGCCUCACCUCAACCAAUCACAAACCUGAAUGAGCCUUGGAGGAGGGACACCCCUCCCUCCCCCAAUGCUACAUUUAGGAGCACUGGCCCACCACUUGCUACUACUCCCUCUGAAGAAGCAGCCCUGCUGCGAAACGUUAGGGAAUUAGGCUGAAUUGGACAAAACCUGGCAACCUUUUUAACCAAUUCGGCUUUUAUCCUUUUCUGUAAGCCACCAGGCUACAGUAGAUUGUUUUUUAAUAGAUUGUUUUUAACAAUAAAGUUUAAAUUUUAAUCGUAGAAUGUCUUUGUGAGAGCCAAACCACCUCGGGCCUGCUAGCUAACACCACCAUAGCCUGAAAAAUACUCGCUUGGACAGACCAAAUUGAAGAAAACGGACAAUUACUUUCUGGUUUUUUGAGCUGAACACUGCAGACUACAUUAACCCACCACAUUGGAAGUAUUCCACCUUCAUCCAUCCAGGUCGAGGAUCCAGGCAACAGGCCUCAACAGCACCAGCCAAGGCCCAGGAUUGCGGCCUGCAGAGCCACCAGGCUUUCUGCAGCAGGUCGCAGGCGGUCCAGUUCAGCCAAGCAGCGAGUGAUGGGACCAGACCACACAACACCCCCACACAUAGGACACCCCACACCCCCUUCCUCCCCCACCCCCACCCCCCCAGUGAGCAGACCAGGCAGCUAGCUAAAGGCUAUUUUAAGCUAAUUCAAGCUAUACAUCAUAACAACAUCAUUGAUGCAGCCAUAGCUACUUCUACACCGCCUAAAGGCAUGACAAAACAUGUUGCCAAGCUCACAGCCUUCAUUAAACCCUCUUCCCCCACAGAUGCGGUCAGGCAGGCCAUAUCUGCUAACACAGAGUCCUGGCUAAAGAACACCCUCAAGAUAAUGGAGGAGCACUAUCUUAACAUAACCAUGUCCCUCAGUGCCCUACCCUAUGAUGAUGUGGCUUUCCCCAUAGCAGUUAAUUGGGCUAAAAAACGCUUUAAAGCCAGGCUGCACCACACUGCUGUGGGGGAGGCCGAAGCCCUUUUGCGGUGUGCAUCAGAAAACUCUGAUGAUUCUUAUAUAUCUGACUCCGCAUCAGCCACCACCUCCCCGAGAUCCCUGGUGGAGGACAGCCCCCCGGGAUUGAGCCUGGGGAGCAGACAGGAGCCACUACCUGCAGUUGCAGUACAACAGGUGGCUGCCUCUGCUCCCCAGGCUGGAUCCCCUCUUUCCCCUCCUAAUUCGGUUUCCCUCUCAAAAUCUCAUCCUACCCAACCCUCCUCUUCCUUUCCCUCCCCCACUGGCAGACGGAGCCCAAAACGGACAGACCAAAAACGGUCUCAAAGUCCACCAUCACCAUCAUCAGAUGGAAGCUCCGUCGAGCCAAACUACAUACACCCCCCACAGUCAUUCCAAUCUGCCAGGACAGAUGAUGGCUGCUCCACCUCUGCAGCCUCUAACCUCCAUCUUUCUUCCGCAGGGUGUGUGGCGGGACCGGGGAAUGCUUUGAAACCUCCAUCGGAGCAAACACUGGGCUCAAAGACACUACAGCAGGUGGCUGGGGAUAAAAUGAUGAGAUUGAGGCAUGUCAAGCAUAACAAUGCUAACCUCUUGGUAAACACCACCUCCUCUGACCCCACCACUAAAAGCAUUUCUGUUGAGCCCAUGCCCCAGGCCUCCCCGGCCUCCCCACUCACCCACGGCGAGCUACAGGCUGUGGAGGUGGGGCUAGAAAAGCUAAUUACUCAUGCUAAAUUAGCAUCCCACCCCACCAACCGCGGUUCCGGAAAGGGGUACCCAUGGACCAACUGGCACCCCAGGGGCACCAAAAUUAACCAAUUUUCAAAAGCCCCAAUUCCACAGGUGAGCAGACCGGUGCACCAUGGAUGGGGGACAAACACGGAUGACGGGAGAGGUUGCAACAUAGAAAAACAGAGAUAUUAGGUGCCCUCAGCCACCGCCCGAGCCUGAAACAAAAAGAAAAAAAGCUGUUUGUGACCAUCUUAAUGCCUUUUCAGAGAUGCAAUAAAAUCUUAAAAAUACAACGAUGUAUGAUUGUGUACUUGCCUCUAUUGCCACGCA